AUGUCGUCCAAUGUCGGUCUCUCCACGCCGCGUGGCUCAGGAACAUCAGGCUAUGUUCAGCGCAACCUGUCCGUCCUCAAACCUCGCGCCGUCGGCAUCGGCGCCCCCUACAGCCUUGACUCUGCGCGACAAGGGCCCAAGACUCGGAAGCCCGACCAAGAAAUCCUCAACCAUGACCGCCUACGAGCCAUCGAAGUGAAAGUUCUGGAACUGAGGGAGAAGCUGGAGGACGACGAACUUGAGGAGGAGAAAAUAGACGAAGAGUGCGACAAGCUGAGAGAACAACUGACCAAAGAGAUGGAACGGGAGAAGAAUCGAGACGGUGGGAGAUCAGGAGGCAGUGGUGCUAGGAGAGUGGAUGGAAAGGGUCUCAAAAGUUACCAGGUGCAUGAGUUGGCCGAGGCAAAGGAACAAGAGAGUGAACGACUACGCAGGGCUCUUGGGCUAAAACCUGGUGAGAUCCCCCAAGACGACGAACAUCCUAUGGCAAGACAGGAGAAGAGACGACGGGAGAGAGAGGGAGUCCAGGAAAAGACGGAAAGCGUUGAAUGA